AUGGUACCAGUCUGCCAGAUGGCAUACAAGACAGCAUGCAAGCUCCUUGCCAUAGUGUGUGGGAAAUGUUCGGAGGAGCGCAAGGAGAUGCAAGUCACGGCGGGUCGGCCGCAGCCGCUCCAGGCCGGGCUGAGGCUCGUAUAUAAGGCCAAGUGUGCUCGACGGAGCCAAGUUGAGGUCCAGUCACCCCGCCGGCAGCAUGGAGGUGGAGGUGCAGGAGGUUCCAGUGGAGGUGGAUUAAGUGGAACCUACUCAGCGCCCUUUGGAGGUGGAGGAGGUGGUUCCUUCGGAGGUGGAUCUCUGAGUGGAAGCUACUCAGCACCAUCUGUGGGUGGAGCGCCAUCUGUGGGUGGAGGUGGAGGAGGUGGUUCCAUUGGAGGUGGAUCUCUGAGUGGAAGCUACUCAGCGCCAUCUGUGGGUGGAGGUGGAGGAGGUGGUUCCUUCGGAGGUGGAUCUUUGAGUGGAAGCUACUCAGCGCCAUCUGUGGGUGGAGGUGGAGGAGGUGGUUCCUUCGGAGGUGGAUCUCUGAGUGGAAGCUACUCAGCGCCAUCUGUGGGUGGAGGUGGAGUGGGUGGAGGUGGAGGAGGUGGUUCCUUCGGAGGUGGAUCUCUGAGUGGAAGCUACUCAGCUCCAUCUGUGGGUGGAGGUGGAGGAGGUGGAUCUUUGAGUGGAAGCUACUCAGCGCCAUCUGUGGGUGGAGGUGGAGGAGGUGGUUCCUUCGGAGGUGGAUCUCUGAGUGGAAGCUACUCAGCGCCAUCUGUGGGUGGAGGUGGAGGAGGUGGUUCCAUUGGAGGUGGAUCUCUGAGUGGAAGCUACUCCGCGCCAUCUGUGGGUGGUGGUGGAGGAGGUGGUUCCUUUGGAGGUGGAUCUUUGAGUGGAAGCUACUCAGCGCCAUCUGUGGGUGGAGGUGGAGGAGGUGGUUCCAUUGGAGGUGGAUCUCUGAGUGGAAGCUACUCAGCGCCAUCUGUGGGUGGUGGUGGAGGAGGUGGUUCCUUUGGAGGUGGAUCUUUGAGUGGAAGCUACUCAGCGCCAUCUGUGGGUGGAGGUGGAGGAGGUGAUUCCUUCGGAGGUGGAUCUCUAAGUGGAAGCUACUCAGCGCCAUCUGUGGGUGGAGGUGGAGGAGGUGGUUCCAUUGGAGGUGGAUCUCUGAGUGGAAGCUACUCAGCGCCAUCUGUGGGUGGAGGUGGAGGAGGUGGAUCUUUGAGUGGAAGCUACUCAGCGCCAUCUGUGGGUGGAGGUGGAGUGGGUGGAGGUGGAGGAGGUGGUUCCUUUGGAGGUGGAUCUUUGAGUGGAAGCUACUCCGUGCCAUCUGUGGGUGGAGGUGGAGUAGGUGGAGGUGGAGGAGGUGGUUCCUUCGGAGGUGGAUCUCUGAGUGGAAGCUACUCAGCGCCAUCUGUGGGGGGAGGUGGAGGAGGUGGUUCCAUUGGAGGUGGAUCUCUGAGUGGAAGCUACUCAGCGCCAUCUGUGGGUGGAGGUGGAGGAGGUGGUUCCAUUGGAGGUGGAUCUCUGAGUGGAAGCUACUCAGCGCCAUCUGUGGGUGGAGGCGGAGGAGGUGGAUCUUUGAGUGGAAGCUACUCAGCACCAUCUGUGGGUGGAGGUGGAGGAGGUGGUUCCUUUGGAGGUGGAUCUCUGAGUGGAAGCUACUCCGCGCCAUCUGUGGGUGGAGGUGGAGGAGGUGGUUCCUUUGGAGGUGGAUCUCUGAGUGGAAGCUACUCAGCGCCAUCUGUGGGUGGAGGUGGAGUGGGUGGAGGUGGAGGAGGUGGUUCCUUCGGAGGUGGAUCUCUGAGUGGAAGCUACUCAGCGCCAUCUGUGGGUGGAGGUGGAGGAGGUGGUUCCUUCGGAGGUGGAUCUCUGAGUGGAAGCUACUCAGCGCCAUCUGUGGGUGGAGGUGGAGGAGGUGGUUCCUUUGGAGGUGGAUCUCUGAGUGGAAGCUACUCAGCGCCAUCUGUGGGUGGAGGUGGAGGAGGUGGUUCCUUCGGAGGUGGAUCUCUGAGUGGAAGCUACUCAGCGCCAUCUGUGGGUGGAGGAGGUGGUUCCUUCGGAGGUGGAUCUCUGAGUGGAAGCUACUCAGCGCCCUCUGGAGGUGGAGGCAGCUCUCUUAGUGGAGGAUAUUCAGCCCCUCUGGGUAGCGGUGGCAGUUCCGGGUGGGUGCCAAUCACCGGGGCUUCCAGCGCCAAACCUUAUUGCCUUAACUGCACCUUCAAUGCUCUGAUCUUGCAAGUCACACGAGACUAG